AUGUCGAAGAGAAUAAUGUGUGAAGUAUUCUGUACUGCUGAGGACUUAGGAAUGGACAUCUUUUAUAGCGAUACGGACAGUAUGCAUCUCUACAAUGAAGAUAUCCCUCGUUUAGCUGAAGAGUUUGAGAAACGUUAUGGAAGAGUUCUCAUUGGUAAAAACCUUGGUCAAUUUCAUAGCGACUUUGCAGAAAUCACACCUGGAAAACAAAGUUUAGCAUACAAGUCAAUAUUUUGUGGAAAGAAGACUUACAUAGACUUACUCACGAAUGAUUUAAAUGAAGUUGCAUUUCACUGCAGAAUGAAAGGCGUGAAGCAAGAUGUUAUUGCUUUAACCGCUAAUGAAAUGUUUCCUGACUCUGUUCAGUGUUUCUAUGAUGAAGAUAAAGGUUUAAUGGUUCCGCAAGGAACAUAUGACAAAGACUCUGAGUUCAGUGUUAUGAAGUUAUAUAAAGCACUUUAUGACGGUCAAGAGAUUGCAUUCGACUUAUGUAAGUCAUGUCAACCUUGCUUUGAAGAGAAGUUUAACUUCUCAAUAACGACUAAAACAAGCUUUAUUAGUAAGUUGAAGUUCUGA